GAUAGAUAGAUGAAAGGGUGGAUAGGAUAGGUAUGGAUGGAUAGGUAACUCAGAUAGAUAGAUACGUAGAUAAAUAGAUACACAGGUAGACAAACAGAAAAAAGACAUAUCGAUCAAUAGACAUAUAAAUAAACAAAAAGAAUACACAACACUAACAGUUAAAGCAAACAAACACACAAACCAAUAGACAGAGCGAAAAAGACACCAGCAAACUGAAGGCAAGAGACCUGCCAUGCUACAGCAAGCGUUCAGGCAGGGAGACGGCGAGUGUGCGGGACGAGGCGGGGUGGCGUGUGCCGAGUGCCGGGUGCCUGAACUGAGUGCCAAGGGUGCGCGGGAGACACCUUGCCAUUAUCGCAACAGGAGUGGGUGUGCGAGGGUCCAGGCGCGUCCAGUGGGGUCCAGGGAGGUCCAAUUCAUUCUUAAUAGCAGUCUCCCAGCGGGGCCAGUCACUAUAGGACCGGCAAGCAGGUCUCUCUCAGCACCGCCAUGCCCGCCGCCACCCUCGCUACCGUCACCCUCCUCUGCCUCUCCGCCGUCACUGCCCAGCGUCUAGUAGUGGUACACGAUCACCUCUUUGACUUCUCACCCUCGGGAAUCCGGCAGCAGGAUCUUCACGCCAAGACCGCCCUCGCCUCCAUCGCCGCCUCCCUCAACCUGACGCUGGCCUACCACUUCGUCGAGCGCAACACCUACCCGAAGAAAAGCGUUGUGGAGUCCAAGGACGUGGCGGGCGUGGUGGGUGCUGGCGUGUGUCGGCUGGGCAAAUCCGUGGCGUCCCUGGCUCAGAGUGUGAAGGUGCCCUCUCUACUAUUGGAGGUGCUGGAGCCUUGCAAGUAUGACCCGCCUCUCCCUGCAUCCGUCCCCGUCCUGCCCCUCUACUCUGCCUCAAUAUCGAGGCGCUUCCCGUGCCUGGUGCACGUGUCGGUCACCUGGCUGAGGAUCACCCUGGGCCUGACAAGCCUCUCACCCUACCCCAGCCCGCUCCUCCCGGCCUACCCCAACCCCCGAGCGGAGUACCUGAGAUGCGCCAGGGAGGAGCUGUCUGAUGACGCAGCACAGGUGGAGGAGGAGGGCACGGUGUGGAGGAUACAGCUGGAACGUGCCCGCCGCUACCUCAACGGCCGGAAGCUGACGGUGGCCACGAUAGAGCGGGCGCCCUUCGUCAAGCUGGAGAUGGUCGGGGAGGAGAUUGUCGGGGCCACGGGGUUCUGUAUCGAGAUGCUGGACGAGAUGGCCAGGAAAUUCAACUUCACGUACCGCUUGGUGCUACCCUACGAUGGCAACUGGGGCGCCCCGAUGAAUAAUGGCACCUUCAACGGCAUGGUGGGCAUGGUGCACAGGAAGACCGUGGACUUCGCCAUGGCCGGCUUCACUAUCACGCACAUCAGAGAGACAGUAAUAGACUUCACCCACGCCUUCUUCGAGGAGCCCACCACCAUCCUGAUCCCGCCGCCCAGGGAGCAGAACAACUUCCUCGCCUUCCUGGAACCUUUCUCCUGGCAGGUGUGGUUCCUGACCUUGGUGAGCAUCAUGGUAGUUGGUCCCAUCAUGUGGAUACUGGCCACCGUGGGGAACCUGCCGGUGCUGUACCCCCACAACACCCGCACCGUGCACUACUCCCUGUUCAGAUACACGUGGGACUGCGCCUUCGCCCUCGCUGGCCAGAGUGCCCGCACGCGCCACACGCAGCCAGUGCGGGUGCUACACGGGAUGUGGUGGACGUUCGCUGUCAUCCUGAUCUACACCUACACGGGCACGCUGAUCGCCUUCCUGACGGUGCCGCGCCUCACCAGCCUCAUCAACUCCCUGGAGGAGCUCGCCAACCAGAAGGACGUGCUGUGGACUUACCGCGCCAAGACUGCCCACGAGACUCUCUUUGCGACAGCUGAGCCUCCCUCCACCUACCACAAGAUCGGGCAGCUGCUGAAGGAGCGGCCUGACCUGCUGGUGCACACUGACGACGAGGGGAUCAGUGCCGUGCUCAGAGGCGACACGGCCUUCAUAAAGGAAAAGUCGUGGCUGGACUUCGCGAUGGAGCGAGACUAUCUUGCCACCAAGCAGUGCCGCAUGGCGCAGGUCAACCAACUUUUCUUCAGCGCUGGUUUCGGGUGGGCGCUGCAGGAACGCUCCAUCUUCCUGCAGCUCUUCAACAACGAGAUCCUGAGAAUGUCACAGUCCGGGCUUUUCACUAUCUGGCGGAUGCAGAACUGGCCCAGCCCUAACGAGUGCACGGCGGGCAACCCAGGGGCGCCAGCGGGACCCAAGAGUCUUCACAUCAAAAACUUCUCCGGCCAUUUCUUCAUCUACGGCGUGGGUCUCGGCUUGGCGCUGCUGGCCUUCCUGGUGGAGCGGCUGCUGCUGCGGGGCCUCUUCAGGGACGCCGAGAGUGAGGGCCUGCAGGCUUUACUCCCCUCGCAAGAAUCUCUGAGAAACCGCCGACGACGCCACGACAUCCUGAGGCCCGGACCGCUGGAGCGCUUGUUGCAGAUGCGGGUGGUGGCUUUGAAGAACGGCCCCCCCCUGGUCACCGUCAACCCCCAGCCCACGCCGCGCCACCCUGACAUCUUCGAUCUGCACUCGCCAGACAGCCAGGUGUACCACAUUGGCGUGAUACAAGUCCACGGGCGCCCACCAAUCAGAUAAUCUCAGGAGUAUCGCGGCGCAUCGCACAACAGCAAUAACUUGAUAGGGACAUCCUUGUACUCUCCCCAGUCCAGUCCACCAGCCUGCCCCAGUAGAGUAUGUUAAGGACCUUCGUGUCAUAGGAGGUGGUGUGAAAAGUUCGGGUGUCAGGCAGAGAUUCAAGCACUAGAAAUGUAUUUAUUCCAUGCUGUCGUCUCACACAACACGGGGAUCCCCUUCCCGCUUCCCGCCUCUUGGACACUGAUAAAUCUCGCCUGUGACAUGAAGCUUCUUCACCGACGAGUACUCAGAUGGCAAUGUUUGUGUAGGGAUUAGGUGUCUCAGUGCUGAUGGUUUAGUCAUGCGUAGUGCACAGUCAUAAGAAAUUGUCCCUUGCUCUCGUGGCGUAUUACAGGCAAGGCAUCGUCUGCCACGGAAGAAGCAACGCCUCCUCGCCUCGUCCAGGGCUGCCUCACUCCCUGGUUGCCUGUGUAUAGUUAUUAUCUUGCAACGGGUAGUAGAAUAUAAAUAAAACUAUCAUGUAAGCCAUCACAUUCCAUGUCCUAGAAAUUUUAACCGCACCAGUCGCCUCUCUUGUGACAGUGAAGUAUAGCUCUCUUCCACGCAUCACUCCUCGGAGCCUCUCGUACACAGACAGUUGUAGAGGAAAUUUAGAACAGAUACAAAACACAAUGCCUCGCAUUACCAGUAGCCUCAGUACCCUCAGACAGGAGUAACCCAAGCACCAUAAGUUCACGAUUGCAUCUCGUACCACCAAAAGUUAGAAGAAAAAGGCUUAUUACAGUAGCCAGGUAGAUGGGCAGCCAUGAUGCAGUGGUGCCGCGGGCGCUUUAGGGCUGAGGGGUCCUCAGGCGCACGUGUUACAAUCCUGGCCAAGGUCCGAGGUUAGGAAGGGCAUCCACGCGUGGUAACGGUUCCCUAAUGCCACAACCAAAGUCCUUUGUUAGGAGGCACGGUCCUAGCCCUCAUAAACCACGGAUGUAAAACCGAAAGAGAGAGAGAGAGAUCGAAAAAAAAAAAAAUCCCUGUAGAUAUCAAGUGACUUAAGGUAAGGAGUGGGUAGGUGAUGCACGGUCGCCGCGUGCUCUGCCCCUCCGUUAGUAGUAUAAUUUUCUGUUAAUUUUCCAAGAAGAAAUUCCUAAAAGUGGCCUGUAUUCUCCAACACUUUGGUGCGUAAUCUUCACUACUUCCAACAGGCCGCCAAGGGAGUCACACAGGGCUUAAAUGGUGUUUUAAUGAUUCAGUGGUAGAUAUCUAAGGAUUUUACAUCUUUGAUAGGAAAAACACCCAAGAAAACCCGGCUAAUGAUAUCUCUGUGGCCUUUCAAAACGGUCGUGAUGAGAAAACAAGGUGUUUCAGAAUACGAGUCUGUGUACCGUCCUCUUCCCCGUACGGUACAGGUGUGGGGUGCUGUACCGCCUCCUACAAGUACACCAGCAGGCCGUGGCACAUGUAAAUAUAGUGUACGUGCAGAU